CUUUUCUUCAAUUCAAAGGACCAGUUUGACCGUUUAGCAUCCCCUGACAGGCCUAUCCACUGACCAGCUUAUCCAGAUCAAUCAAUUCGCUUUUUUGUUCAGUCUUGUCAAAUAAGAAACCAAAUUUAAAAUUGAAGUUGUGAAGGUCAAAUCCAAGGAAAUAUUCUCAUCAUGGCUACUACAACUACGGUAUUACCAACAAUCCAGCUCAAUGUCAAUUACCAGGAUAUCAAGGCGCAAAUCCAUGACUUCAUGACCCAUUUCAAGUCAGGGUCGCUUGACACCGAUGUUGAUAUGGACUUAGACCAUGAAGAAAUACAAGGAGGUAUCAAAUAUAUGAAACUUUUAGAAAAAGUUGCCAAUCGUGAAACCAAUACUAUUCAUAUUGAAUUGGACGAUAUAAAAGCAUACGAAGAGAACCAGAACGCCGGGUUUCAAUCCCAGAGUCAACUGGGAUUCAACGAAUCAUUGGUUGGUAAAAUCAUCAAGAACACUCAUAGAUUUAUUGAAGUUUUCAGUGAUGUGAUUGAUCAAUUAAUGCCCGAGAAAUCUCGUGAUAUUACUUUUGAAGAUGAUGUAUUGGAUGUUAUUUUACAUCAAAGAAAAAUGAGAAAUUUGAAAAUGCAACAACAAAAUGAUGAUGAAGUUAAUAAUUUAAGAGAAGGCUUUGGUGCUCAAGAUAAUUUAAAUGAUAAUGAAAUUACCGCUCAAAAUUUAUUCCCUCCUAAAUUAACUCGUCGUUAUACAUUAUAUUUCAAACCUUUAACUCAACCUUAUCGUGGUCUUGGUAAACCUUUGGCCGUUAGAGAUGUUAAAGGUAGUUACGUGGGGCAUUUCAUCACAGUUAGAGGUAUUGUUACUAGAGUUACUGAUGUUAAACCUUCGGUUUUAGUUAACGCUUAUACUUGUGAUAGAUGUGGUUAUGAAAUUUUCCAAGAAGUUAACUCAAAAGUCUUCACUCCUUUAACUGAUUGUAAUUCAGAAAUUUGUAAAGAUGAUCAACAAAAGGGUCAAUUAUUCAUGUCAACAAGAGCCUCUAAGUUUUCUUCAUUUCAAGAAGUCAAAAUUCAAGAAUUAGCAAAUCAAGUUCCUGUGGGUCAUAUUCCUAGAUCUUUAUCGAUUCAUGUUAAUGGUACUUUAGUUAGAUCAAUGAAUCCAGGUGAUGUUGUUGAUGUUUCUGGUAUCUUUAUGCCUUCUCCUUAUACUGGAUUUAAAGCUUUAAAAGCUGGUUUAUUAACUGAAACUUAUUUGGAAACCCAAUAUGUUCGUCAACAUAAAAAACAGUACGAGUCUUUGGAAAUUAAUCAAGAUGUUCACGAUAAAAUUAUGAAUUUAUUCAAUCAAGGUGAUAUCUAUAAUAAAUUAGCUAAAUCUAUUGCUCCAGAAAUUUUUGGUCACUUAGAUAUUAAAAAAAUUUUAUUAUUACUUUUAUGUGGUGGUGUUACAAAAGAAAUUGGGGAUGGUUUAAAAAUUCGUGGUGAUAUAAAUGUUUGUCUUAUGGGUGAUCCUGGGGUUGCCAAAUCUCAAUUAUUAAAAGCAAUUGGUAAAAUUGCUCCUAGAUCUGUUUAUACUACUGGUAGAGGUUCGUCAGGUGUUGGUUUAACCGCUGCAGUUAUGAGAGAUCCAGUUACUGAUGAAAUGGUAUUAGAAGGAGGUGCUUUAGUCUUAGCUGAUAAUGGUAUUUGUUGUAUUGAUGAAUUUGAUAAAAUGGAAGAAUCUGAUAGAACAGCUAUUCAUGAAGUUAUGGAACAGCAAUCUAUUUCUAUUUCAAAAGCUGGUAUUAAUACCACUUUAAAUGCAAGAACUUCUAUUUUAGCAGCCGCUAAUCCUUUAUAUGGUAGAUAUAAUACUAGAUUAUCUCCUCACGAAAACAUUAAUUUACCAGCAGCACUUUUAUCAAGAUUUGAUAUAAUGUUCCUUAUAUUGGAUCAACCUUCAAGAGAAAAUGAUGAAGAUUUAGCAUCACAUGUUGCCUAUGUUCAUAUGUAUAACAAACAACCAGAAAUGAGUUUUGAACCAAUAGAUUCUCAAACCAUUAGACAAUAUAUUUCAGUGGCUAGAACUUAUAGGCCAACUGUUCCCAAAGAAGUUGGUGACUACGUUGUUCAAUCAUAUAUCAAUAUGAGAAAAGAAUCUCAUAGAAAUGAAGGAUCCGUCAAGAAAUUUGCCCAUAUUACUCCAAGAACCUUAUUAGGUAUUUUGAGAUUAUCACAAGCAUUAGCAAGAUUAUCUUUUACUAAUACUGUUACUGCAGAACAUGUUGACGAAGCUUUAAGAUUACUUGAAGUUUCCAAAUCAUCAUUAUACGCCGACGAAGAUACGAUCCACGAAGAUGAAUCAGCCACUUCUAGAAUUUACCAAAUCAUUAAGAGCAUGGCUGGUGAUGGAUUCGACGAAAUCACUAAUUUAUCGCUUGCUGACGUCAGAGAAAGAGUUAUCGCUAAAGGUUAUACUUUACGUCAAUUACAACUGUGUCUUGACGAAUACAACCAAAUGGGUACUAUGCAAAUAGCCGAUGAUACUUUAAUUCUUGUUGAUAUGUCUGAUGCUUAUUAAUUUUCCUUGAUAAUAAUAUCAAUCUGUAUUUUUAGAAUCCUUUCAAUUCAAUAGUUUGUAAUUGUCCUUGAUUAGUUUGUUUUGCC